CGAACGCAUCCUUGUUUACAUCGAUCAGCUGUUUGUUUUAUUGUUAACUUUCAGUCAAAUCUGAACUGAUCGUCUUGUUGACCAUGAUGUUGUGACUUAUAUACUUUGUUGUUAUUACCGAGUAGUGCAGAACAUGUUUGUUGGUUGUGCCCAUAGGGUAUAUGCAUAGUUAUGAGCAAUGGGAGAUCUGGAGCAGUUUGAGGACCUGCUGCUACGCAGCGCCCGAAAUGGAGAUUGUAAAACUUUGGAAGAGAUUUUGCAGGCUCGACAGGAUGGGAAAGUUAACCUCGAUAUCAGCUGCAAAGGGAAAACAAAAAUCAACCAAGGAUGGACUCCAUUACAUCUGUCAAGUUACUUUGGACACAAAGACUGUGUGGAAACUUUGCUAAGACAUGGCGCAGCAAUUGAUGAAUUAAAUGAUGCUGGCGAUACACCUUUACAUAAAGCAGCACUUACAAAUAGAGAAGAUGUAGUUCUGUUGCUGCUAGAACAUGGUGCCAGUGUCUCAACCAUCAAUGGCGAUGGGCUGCGGCCUUCAGACCUUCCUCGUGAUAUUCAGGUCAAGAAACUCAUCCUUGCAGCAGAGAAGACUGAACAGAGGAGGAAAGAAGAACGUCUGUUGCAUUAUGCAAGAGAGGGAAAGUCAGAGGAAGUCAUGAAGUUGCUCCGGGAGCCGGCAGCCCCAAAUGUGAACUGUGUAGACUCACAGGGAAACACUAGCCUCCAUUGUGCAGCCUAUCGAGGUCACAUAGAUGUAGCUGUUGUGCUUCUGCAGAAUGGCUGUGAUCCAGCCAUAAAGAAUUUGAAUAAUCAGACAGCUUUUGAGUUAGCACAAACACAACAGAUGCAGCAGGUUUUGGAAGUUCAGCCAGUCCGCAGCUUUCAUCGCAGUGCAUCUCGAUUUGAAGGUCCGCUUCUCAGGAAAACGCGAAUUAUCGGAUGGAGAAUGAUUUGGGGUGUUUUAGAAAGGGGUGUCUUAACUUUCUUCAAUAGCCGUGCAGAUGCAAGCUCAGGUGUACGCCGGCGAGACUACAAAUAUCUAGACAACUGUAAGGUUUUGACAACAAUUGGAGGAGACGGUGCUAUAUUUGUAAUACAGUACAACGAUGGAACUUGUCACAGAUUGGCUGCAACAGCAGAUCCAAUACACUCUGCUGCUGUCAAUAGACAAAAAUGGGUAGCUGCUUUAGCCAAUCACAUCAGGUUUUCUACCCAUUAUGUCCAACACGGACUUUCUAUCGAUGAUGAUGAUGAUGAUGAUGAUGGUCCAGUAGAAAGAAGUGUCAAGCCUCUUGGAUGCAUGAGUGAUGCUGUGGAAACAGCCACUGCACAUCAGCAGCUGAUGGAACAGCAAGUGGAAGAGGUAAUGGCUACCUUGGCUUCCUUGGAUUUGGAUCACUCCCAGCAUCAAGGUGUUCAUAAUGUUAUCAAGAAAUUUUCAACAUUAGCAGGAACUGCUCGGAAUAUGACAAAUAGCCUCACACACUGUCUUUCAUUGAUGAAACAGCAAGAAGAGGUUAGAGAUCUGCAGUUGAAGGAGGAACGGGAAAAAGUCCGUGUUUUGGAGGAAUCUCUUAGGGUGCUGGCGACAGAACACCAUGAGUUGGAAGAAUCCAUUGCCUCCCAUGUUUCAUCCAACGGGUCAUCCAUUUACAACACACCUGCCAAUUCCUAUGUCUCACUGCCAAGACCACGUAGAUUCUUCGAUGCUGUCAGCGAUGAUGAGUUCUUUGAUGCUUUCUCUCAAGAUGAUGAUGGAAGUAAUGGUACAUUAGUAAGUCUUCCUUCGCCCUGUGGAAGUGAGUGUUCGACCAAUACCCUUGUAUCUUGCAUGUCUUCCCUACCCACAGAUCCCCAGUCACCCCAGUCUCCGUCCUCACAUGUCCUUAAUAAUCUUCCGUGUCCUCCCUCAAACACUCCAGUUCCCAACUCGAGUGGAAUUUGCGAUGGAACAUUCACAGUGGAUGGGAGUACUGGACUUGUUGUUGGCUCUGGUGGUACGUACACAGUGUCUCACAAUGAUGUGGUAGACGACUCAGUGCCUUCAGUUACUGGAACACAAAGUAGUGAUGCAAACAAAACAAUGACAACGACAAUAACAGGACUGAUGAACACAAUGACCGGGAUGUUUACUGGGUCUUUGCAUACUACUAUCUCCUCGAGAGUUAUGAACAGCUCGUCCUCUGCUGGCCUGCCGGGAGAGACGAGCUCUCCUCUCUCAGGGUCAAGUUCAAGUACUUCACAAAGUUCACGUGCAAUGUCCUCUAUGACGCCAGAAACUCCUUUGGUCAGAACAUCCGAUUUAAGCGACCAUAGUGAUGGCAGUGACGAAACCGUCACGAGCAACUCUCGUCGAGGAUCUGAGAUAGAGGAAAAUACUACUGAGAUUGAAAGACUUAUAGGGACUGCAGAGGUUUACUGCUAUGUUUUUAUUUUGCUACGAAGAAUAGUGUUGGUUAGAUGGUGUGCAGAAGCAUUUUUGCUUGUUCUAAUAAAAAGGGAAAUGUUUGUGGAACUUGUCAAUAUUUUUGGAGUAUUUUGCUAACUUAAACAUAUCAGUUACUUGUGCUGUUAUGGAGAUUUACAGGUCACAAAAUAUUUAAUGUAAGUAAGAUGUCGUAGCGUUUUAGUUUGUGUAAAUGUUAUCGCAUAUAUUUAUUGGAAACGACAUAUGCAGCUUAGCAAACGUAGAAUGGUUCAAGGUGAAAUUGCAGACUUACAAAGUCAUUGAAUAUUCUGAGAUUUCUUCAUGUAGGUAGUCAUAUUAGUAUUCAAUAUUUACACUUCUUUUGUAGCAUACUCCUAGUUUAUCAAUAAUAGCAAAUAUAUAUGGUUUUGGGGUACUGGUUUUGUAGUGUGUGCCUUAAUUUUUUAUUACAUACACCACAUUGAUUAACUCUGUGUCUAAAGCUGAUUUCCUCUCUUCUCGUGAAUUUAUGGAACAAGAAGUUCUGGCAGUGUCAGUCACAAUUGUUUUAAAAAAACAAAGGUUUCAUUAUCAUAUUUCUUAGAAGGUUGUGUUCAUUCACAUUGAGAAAUCAGUUUCUUUCUGGUUUAUGGAUAAUGAUUUAUUAGAUACUAAUAAUUUUUGUGAGGUUUGAUAUAAAAUAUCGAAGCUCUAUUUUACAGUAGUAUUACUUCUAUCAGACAGGGAAGUCUUGAUUUGUUGAAGGUUAUUUUGUAAACACAAUUAUUUUGGUGACAAGUAUGACACUGGCAUUCAGAGGUUAGAUGUUUGACUUGGAAUUGUUUGCUGAUAAAUUGGUUAUGUUACGUACUUGGAAAUCUCAUGUAAAUAUUUGCCAACUAUUGCAUCUGCUUUCUCUCUUGGAACCAAACUGAUUUCACCCACCCCAAAAGAAGCAUCAAUGCUUGUAUGUAUUUCCCCUCCAAAAAUGUUAGUUUUUAAAUUAGCAGCCUCCUGGAAAAUAUAUAUUAGUACUAUAAAGAAGUUUUAUGCAUAAGUACCACAUUAUUGGAUAUAUUUCUGCAAGUACAAAAUAUUAAUGUGAUUUCAUUAACAGUGUAGGUAGUUUCAUAAACAGUGUAGGGCAAUUGCAGCUUUAUCAUUUGGUGAACUUUAUACCCAUUAUCACUGUAGAGGGCGCUAUUCUUAUCCAUUAAUAUUAAUAUGGUGAAUAUUUAGUUUCUAAAAAUGAAGAUAAUUUAUUCUUACAAACAUUUUUAUAGAUAGCUGACAUUCUUAGUUUACUAAUGCCAUAGACUUUACAAUCUUUUGUUUAACAGAUAGGAGAGAAGUGAUAGCUCAGUGCAUGCACCAUAGAUCCAUGAUUCCUGAGCAGUUAAUUCCCUCGCUUUUGU